UACUCGCACAUGCGCACUGCAGAUAGGGCAGGGUAGUGACAAAUACGACACGGUGGAAAACAAACCAAACCUGAAAAUAAGACAUUAAUGAUGACUGGAGAAACUGGAUUUUAAAGCGUGUUUGAUGACACUCUAUGGCACAGGGACUGUCGUUUAAGUAUCGCGGACCAGCUCACUUAACUGCUGGUGACAACAAUCACAACAAACAUUUAGCUAACUCAGAGGCUAACAGCUGCAGUGCAGUUCAAGCAGAUUGGCGCGUUUCGGAUGCAGAGCAUUGAUUAACUCGUACUGAGCAACACCAUGGACUGCAACACGGCGGACGUUCCUAGUCAAGUGGCUGAAGACCCUCCAGGGAACACCUGCUCUGAAGACUACGUUCCUCUCUCAAAGCUCCAGGCCAAGCCAGACAUUGAGGAGAAGCAGUCACAUGAAAACACACACAGCUCGAGCAUUAAGUCAAAACAGGACACACGUGCUUCUGAUGACCCCUCAGAUGAUGAGCCUUUGAUAAAAAAUAAAAAAGUCUCUGCUCCAGCUGAGGAAGUGGAGGAAAAAGACAACACGUCACUCAAAUCAAAUGGCACAAGUGACAAGAAAGCAGAUAUGAAUACAGAUGAUGACUCGGACGAUGAGCCUCUCAUAAGAAAGUCCAAAAUGCCCUCAAAAGCUGCAAAGAAGCAUUCCUCGGUCUCUCCAAAAAAAUCAGUUGAUUUGAAGAAGAAAGAAUCACUGGAUAACGAUGAUGAUGAUUCGGAUGAUGAGCCUCUGAGUAAACCUGGCAAGAAACAUUCCCAACUUGAGAAGAAGUCACCAUCUAGGACUCCUAGAAAAGCGGCCUCAGUCAGAUCACAAAGGAACGCAGCAAGGAAAAAGGAGAAUAACAGCUCCUGCUCUGAAGACGACGUUAACUCAAAAAAGGACGAACAAGCUUCUGAUGACCCUUCAGAUGACGAGCCUUUGAUAAAAAAGAAAAAAGUCUCUGCUCCAGCUGAGGAAGUGGAGGAAAAAGACAACAAGUCACUCAAAUCAAAUGGCAAAAGUAACAAGAAAGCAGAUAAGAAUACAGAUGAUGACUCCGACGAUGAGCCUCUCAUAAGAAAGGCCAAAAAGCCCUCAAAAGCUGCAAAGAAGCCUUCCUCGGUCUCUCCAAAGAAAUCUGUUGUUACUAAGAAGAAAGAAUCAAUGGAUGACGAUGAUGACUCUGAUGAUGACUCAGAUGAUGAGCCUCGGAGUAAAUUUGGCAAGAAACAUUACCCCCAACGUGAGAGAAAGUCACCUGGGACUCCUAGAAAAGCGGCCCCAGUCGUCAGAUCAAAAAGGAACUCGGCAAGGAAAGAGGUUAAAUACGCAGAGUCUUCCGGUGACAGCUCAGAUGCUGAACCAACAAUGAAGAGGAAGUUGAAGUUUAAGGCGCCUAAAGACAGCAGCUCCGGUGAUGAGGAUGUGCCCUUGGUGAAUCUGGUUGCCAAAAAGAAGGAACCAGUGAAGAAAAACACAAAGAAGAAAACUGCAGCACCAGGCAGAGGGUCCACAAAGAGACGAGGAUCCUCUGAUGAAAGCUCAGAGGAUGAACCCUUGAGUAAUCUUUCGGAAAAGGACAAACAAACCAAAAAGGCUUCACCUCCGAAGAGUAACACAAGGUCAAAAAAGACAGUGUCAGAGUCGACAAGCGAUAGUCCGGACGAUAAACCCCUGAUUAAUCUUGGGAAAAAGAAGAGCACAGACAGACAAACAAAAGUCGAACCGAAGGCUUCACCUGCGAAGAAGAAGAGGAACGCAGAGUCGAUAAGUGACAGCUCAGAUGAUGAACCCUUGGUUUAUUACCAGAAAAAGAAAACUGCACGCAAACAAACAAAAAAAAAGGCUUCACCUGCAAAGAAGAAGAAGAAGAAGAACACAGAGACGAAAAGCGACAGCUCAGAUGAUGAACCCUUGAUUAAUGUUGGGAAAAAGAAAACCUCAGACAGACAAACAAAAAACAAAACAAAGGCUUCACCUGCAAAGAAGAAGAAGAAGAAGAACACAGAGACGAAAAGCGACAGCUCAGAUGAUGAACCCUUGAUUAAUGUUGGGAAAAAGAAAACCCCAGACAGACAAACAAAAAACAAAACAAAGGCUUCACCUGCAAAGAAGAAAAAGAACGCAGAGGGGACCAGCAGCAGCUCAGAUCUCUCCGAUGGAGGCUCGGACUAUGAACCCUUAUGGCGCAUUUCCACCACACGGUCGGCCUCGGCCUCGCUCGCGUCUUCAAGCAACAGUUCCGACGAUGAGCCUUUAUUCGAAGCAGCUAAACACCCACAAGUGACCAAACUCAUGAGAAUAAUCCUGGAGAGGUGUGAUCUGGAAGAGGCCGGAGACAUAGGAGGCCUGCACAAAACCAGUCCAGAAAAAAAGAUUCCUGAUGAUGAAAUGAUCUCGAACAUCGACUCACCAGAAGAAGAAUAAACAGAUGAAAUUAUGGUGUUUUUUUGAUAGUUUUAUUGUUGACAUCUUCCAGAGAGAUAGCUCCUUAAAGAAUCCCACUGGUAUUGUUAAGUUUAAAUGUGUGUUUUGUAAACAGUACAUACAUUAGGUGUUGGUAAAUUUACUCAAAAUUUUUUUUGUAACUGGGACCAGGUUUAGCAGGUUCCUGACAAAUAUUUGAUGUCGUCUUUUAUGUUCUUUUACUAUUUUUAAUAUUGUUAUACUAACUGUGUUCUCUCUGGUUUUUAAAGAAUAUUUUAACACAUUGAUGUAAGUGAUAUUUGUGCUUUCAUAUGAACAUUUUACUGUGAUUGUCAAGUCAAUCAAUGAUUUUUGCACACUGAAAUCACGAAUGUGUUUAAAUUUGAGUGAAUGAGUCACAAAUUUAAUUUUGACUCAAUUCAACAUUUUGACAUUGGGCUGCAGUUGAACAAUUUCUCAAAAGAGGAUUUUACUGUUGGAAAAUUAUUUAUAUUGUUCAUUCAAUGUUUUAAUAUUCCACUCACGUUCGACCCAUAUGUUAACAGAGCCAAUUGAAAGAAAGAAAAUACUGUUCAAAAGCAAUUUGUCUUGUUCAACAAACCAAAAUUGAAACAUAGUAGGACAUUGUUUUUGUAUUAGUUGGUGUGUUUAAUCCAGUAUCGUAUAGAAGAAAAAAUAAAGUUUUUUUUAAAUUUC